UGAACGGGUUAUAAGUGAGGAGGGAGAAUAGAGCGCAAAAGAAGGGGUUGAAGGGUAUAUGCGAGUGGAAUAUUUGGUUAUUGAACUCAGUGCGGUUAUGUUAUUGUUUCCCUUUUUUUCUUUUUUUCUUUUUUUCUUUUUUCCCCUUUCUUUGCGUCGCCUAUAAAUCUUUACACUCCCCCUUUCAUCACUUUCACAACUACCUCUCUCUCUGAUUCCCACCAUAAGUCGUAACCUUCUUGGACUUGCAGAGAAAGCAAGGCAUUUGACAGAGAGAGAGAAACAGAAGGGAGCUUGAAAUUUUGGAGUCAUGGCGAAGGAGCAAAUGCAAGUUCUGAAUGCACUUGAUGUGGCAAAAACACAAUGGUAUCAUUUCACUGCAAUAAUCAUAGCUGGAAUGGGGUUCUUCACGGAUGCAUACGAUCUAUUCUGCAUAUCCCUUGUGACAAAGUUGCUAGGCCGCAUAUACUACCACGUUGAUGGUGCGGAAAAGCCCGGUACAUUGCCUCCUAACGUAUCAGCUGCUGUAAAUGGUGUAGCUUUCUGUGGAACGCUGUCAGGACAACUCUUCUUUGGAUGGCUUGGAGAUAAGUUAGGCCGAAAAAAGGUGUAUGGCAUGACUCUGAUGAUGAUGGUAAUAUGCUCCAUUGGUUCUGGCCUUUCCUUUGGGCAUAGUCCGAAAUCCGUCAUGGCAACUCUCUGCUUCUUCAGGUUUUGGCUUGGUUUUGGUAUUGGUGGAGAUUACCCGCUUUCUGCUACCAUAAUGUCCGAGUAUUCUAACAAGAAGACUCGUGGUGCUUUCAUUGCCGCGGUCUUUGCUAUGCAAGGUUUUGGAAUCUUGGCAGGUGGUAUAUUUGCGAUCAUAAUUUCAGCUGCAUUCAGAGACAGGUUUAAUGCUGCACCCUAUGAGGUUGAUCCAGUUGGUUCAACUGUUCCACAAGCAGAUUAUGUUUGGAGAAUAAUUGUGAUGGUUGGAGCACUCCCGGCUGCAUUGACUUAUUACUGGCGUAUGAAGAUGCCGGAAACUGCCCGUUAUACUGCCUUAGUUGCAAAGAAUCAAGAGCAAGCUGCAGCAGAUAUGUCUAAGGUUCUGCAGGUGGAGAUUCAAGCUGAGCCAAGGAAGGAGGAGCAGGAAAAGGCUAAAUAUGCCUUGUUCUCAAAGGAGUUCCUUAGUCGCCAUGGUUUACAUCUGCUCGGCACAACAACCACAUGGUUCUUGCUUGACAUUGCAUUUUACAGCCAGAAUCUUUUCCAAAAAGAUAUCUUCAGCGCAGUUGGUUGGAUCCCUCCUGCAAAAACCAUGAAUGCCCUUGAGGAGGUUUACAGAAUUGCAAGGGCUCAAACACUUAUUGCUCUAUGCAGUACAGUUCCUGGCUAUUGGUUUACAAUUGAUGGGGUUCUUCUUUAUGACUGUCUUCAUGUUUGCUCUCGCCAUUCCUUACGAUCACUGGACACACAAGGAGAACCGCAUUGGAUUUGUGGUGAUGUAUUCCUUAACUUUCUUCUUCGCAAAUUUCGGGCCUAACGCCACCACGUUUGUGGUGCCGGCAGAGAUUUUCCCUGCUAGGUUCCGGUCUACAUGCCAUGGGAUAUCAUCGGCAUCCGGGAAGCUCGGAGCUAUCGUAGGAGCAUUUGGGUUCUUGUAUUUGGCACAAAACAAGGACAAGAGCAAAGCAGAUGCAGGGUACCCUGCAGGUAUUGGUGUGAAGAAUGCACUGAUUGUGUUAGGUGUAGUUAACAUUUUAGGAUUCUGUUUUACAUUCUUGGUGCCUGAGGCAAAGGGGAAAUCUUUGGAGGAGAUGUCAGGUGAGAAUGAAGAGGAACAAGUACCUCCUGAACUGUCAGAACAGCAGAGUUCUUACAGCAACAGAACUGUUCCAUAUGUUUAGGUUUAUGUUACCAUUCAGCAGUACUAUUAGAAUAAAAUUCUAGUGUUUUUAAUUGGGAUAGGGAAAUCACAAAAUGUUUGCCUUGUCUUCUCUACAUUUUUUUUUUCUGUUAAAUUUUGUUUAGUCAAUAUGUAACAGAAACUGAGUGUUUGUUCUACGAAUAUCGGAAAAUACUAAGACGUGUGACUAUCGUCAUUGGAGUGUAUAACAGUACUUUGAAUAACCAGUAUCUUUGAACAACC